UAGAAACCAAUUUUCAUAAUUUUAAAAUUUUGAAUUUUAAAUUAUAUAUUGGACAUAAUAAUUUUACUAUGAAAAAUAAUUCAUAUUGUUUUUAUUUUAAUCGGACUACUAAAAAUAAACUUAGUAAAAUAAUUGUUACAGAAAAAUUUGACUAAAUUAUAUUCUUUUACAAUAACUUUUAAAAUCACAACUAUUCACAUCCGUAAACUCCUGCGUUUACACACAUCAAACCCUAAAAUUGCAGAAAGACCUGUGUCUUACAAAUGGAAGGAAAAUAUGUUAAUUUGUGAUUAUAUUAUAAUUAUUAUCAUAUUUUGGGGGGUGUACUAAAUGAUUUCUUAGGUUUGUAUUUACUCAUGCACAAAUUUAGUAGAAAAACUUUUACCAAAAAAAAUUUAGUAGAAAAACUAUUUAAAGUGAUUGGCUCCUGCUGUGAUUUAUGAAAGUUUUCUAAAUAAAUGGUAGUGAUUUACUCCAUUUUUCGUUUUCGUUCUUUUUACAAGUUGAUCAAAUUAACUACAACGCGAAGUAAACAUUUUGAUCGUUCGAAUAUUUUUCCAUCUUGUGAAUUUUCUUAAUACCUUUGAAUUUCAUUGCUACAAUCAAUACAAUAACUUUCAUCAAACAAAAUACAUAGGUAAUUUGUUUUCUAAAAGAAAAGAAAACAAACGGACAAAACUACAGUGGAAUUGAAGCGUGGGGUGGCGCUUGUCGUCUCCUUGGCACGAUAUCUAGAGAAGUCAUAUUGAUCUUGAGUUCUACGUUGACCUUGUAUAUAUGUAAGAAAAAAAUAAUACAAAGAGGAUAAAUUGCAGUCAACUUUACCUAAAAAAAUAAAAGUUAUCAGAAGACCCAUACUUUUCACUGGUCAACCACGGAUCAGUAGCCACAUAACCAAAGAAAGAUGUUUUGAUUGUGCUUUUGUGCAUGUAGCGUGUCAAUUGAUUAUAUUUUUGGAAUUUGUCCAUCAUUUACCUUUUCUCAAACUAAAGAUAAUACAAAUUUAUAAACCCCUUUCUUAACAAUCACAAUUUUAACAUUUUUUAGCCAAAUAAAAAACAUUGUUAAGAAGCUUAUAAGUUUGUGAACCAAAAUAUACUAUUCCAUGUUUUGUUUUAGGAUUUGCAGUAUACUUAACCAAAACAAAUGGUUGAUAAAGAAGACUAUACUAUUAAGCACAAAAAUUACAACCGUGCAAGCAUCAUAAAUAACAACUAUAUAUAACAUGUUUAUAUCAUAACACUACACAAAGGCUAUCACACUGCACUUGCGACAUCUAUCGUAAUAUUGUGAGAAUGGAACUGAACAAUAGUAAUUGGAAUUGAUAAAAUUGUUCAAUAUUAAGACAUUGGAAACAUUGUGUUGAGUUGAUCCUUUUUGUUUUGAGAAAUCGGCCAAAAAAACACUGAACUUUGCGGGAAUUGCCAAAAGAAACCUGGACAUAUGGGCUAGCCAAUAAAAUCAUGAACUUUUGUUGACUUUUCGGGUUUAUUAAGAAACUUACGAUUGACUGACCAGAUUAACACACCGUUAACCGAGUUAACUGUUAAUUAAGCGGACGUUUAUUUUGGGUGUUAAAGUAUACGACGUCGUUUCAUCACUUUGUCUGAUUAAAGACAAACGACGUCGUUUAUAUAGCUGUGUUAUUAAAAAUAUGGGUUUCCUACGGCUCGAACUCGUGUACUCGGGUUUAAUGGUAGGGGUUUUUGCCACUGAGCUAGUGGACUUUGCGAUAGAUUUACGAACACAAUUUCUUUUAUUCUUCGAAUCCGAGUUAAAGACAAAUUAAUGAAACGACGCGUUUUAUAUUAACUUUUUAUUAAAAAGAUGGGGUUCCAUCGACUCGAACUCGUGCACUCGGGUUUAAUGGUAGGGGUUUUUGCCACUGAGCUAGUGGACUUUGCAAUGGAUAUACGAACACAGUUUCUUUUAUUCUCUUUGAAUCCGAGUUAAAUGAAUCAAAAAGAAACGACGGCGUUUUCUCCUCCGAUUGGUAUAAACCCUAAAUGGGCGAAAUCAUAAAUCCAGUUCGCGAUUCAAGCUCGAUUCUCUUCGAUCUCGUCCUUAAGAAUCUCGAUUCUCAUCUCUCCUUCUUCGAGUAUCGCAUGAUGAGUUCGGGUUGUGAGGAUUCGUCUGUGAAUACGAUGGGAAUUCGUGGUAUCCCGGAGCAAUGCGGCUGUGGUCGAAGAACUGGGAUAUACACAUCAAAAACGAAGGUCAAUCCAGGAAGAACUUUCUUUAGAUGCCCAACGUUUCAAAAUGAUCACUUGUAUAAAUGGGUAGAUGAAGCUGUCUACGAAGAGGUUCAAGAUGCAUUGCCAAAAGUUGAGUGCUUUGCAUCAGAUGUUAUGAAACUUAAAAUGGAGAUCGAAAGCAUGAAAACCGUGGAGGAAGAGUUGAAAGAAGAUGUCAGGAAGGCGAGCAAUGAACUUAAGAAGCUGAAUGUGAUCAUAAAAGUGGGUUUUUUGGUGGUUUGUUUAGGCGGUGUGAUAUGUCUUGUGUUGAUCAUGUUUGACAAAGCAUAUGGGUUGUCUAUGAAUAGCUACUAGGAGACUCUGUUUAUGUAAGGCUAU